CGGCCUGCUGCUUUCGAUUUCACUUGUCACGCUCACUGCUGCGGUACCACGCGCCUGUGCCUGGACUGGCCCCACACCCCCCCGGUGCCCCCCGGCCAUGGCCGCCCUCCGCCUGCCCCCCGCCAGCCAGGCCCAGGUGGAUGCCUUCCGCAGCCAGCUGUGUGCUGAGACUGAGCAGAUGGUGGGGAGUCGGUUCCCAGAGCAGAUCGCAGAGUUGGACGCUCUCCUCAAGGACCCCGUGCUAAACCUUGUAGACCCUGGAGCACUGCGGGCUGAGCUGGACAUCCCCCUGCCCGACCCCGAACGGGACGCCCAGCGCCAGAAGGAGAAGAAGGAGAAGGAGAAGGGGGAUGACAAGAAGGACGAUGAUGACAAAGGGCCUCCGUGCGGCCCAGUGAGCAGCAACGCCGUGGUGCUGGGCCUGGUGCAGCGCGUCACCCCCCGGUUGCAGCGUGCCAAGGAGGAGCUGGGGCUGGUCUCCGUGUGGGUUCAACUCCAGGUGCCCCGAAUUGAGGAUGGCAAUAAUUUUGGGGUCGCUGUGCAGGAGAAAGUCUUUGAGCUCAUGACGGCAUCUCGCACCAAGCUGGAGGGAUUCCAGACCCACAUCUCCAAGUAUUUUUCUGAGCGAGGUGAUGCCGUGGCCAAAGCAGCCAAAAACCCCCAUGUGGGUGAUUACCGACAGCUGGUUCACGAGCUGGAUGAGGCAGAGUUUGCAGAGCUGCGACUGAUGGUGAUGGAGAUUCGCAACCUCUAUGCUGUCCUCUAUGACAUCGUCCUCAAGAACUUUGAGAAGAUCAAGAAGCCACGAGGUGAAACCAAGGGCAUGAUCUACUAAGGCCCCGCCCCCUUCACUUGCCAAACAGAAGUCAGAAGCUGCAAAGGCAGGACUUCCUGGUUUGCCUUCCCGGCCUAUUCAGGCCCAUUAAAAGAGAUUGGAUUCUCCCUAUCAUGAGCCCAGAGAGUUCCCAGAACAACCAAUAGCCAGGAUGGGUAAAAAUGCCACUUUUUAACAAACUGGGCAAAUCGGUAUUUCCUCCACCAAAAAAAUCUUUCAAUAAAUACUGAUUUUAAAAUUUC